AGCCGGCAACUCGUCGUUGGGACUGAAUACCCAAAUCUCACUGGAAUACAUCGAUACAGCUGCACGCACGCACAUUCAUAGAUACACCUGCACCUCUCCUCCUUUCUAUCUCUAUCUCUAUCCUUUUGUAUUAUUAGUCAUUGUUUGCCGUUGCACCACGCAAUGCCUCUUAUCCGUCCAGGCAUGCGGAAGCCACCGCCAGGCUUCGACGUCGUCCAGGCCAAAUUAGAGGAGUUCGAAGCGGAGAUGAAGUUGGCGACGCAGGAAGAAUCGAAAGGGGUGGUGGGCCAGACGACACGGCCACGUCGCGCUGACAGCUCCCAUCACAAGCGGCCACGCGAGCACGACACGCAAAAUGCGUCCGCCGAGGACGACGUAGCGCGGGACACGGCGACAGACAAAGGAGAGGCCUCCGCUCCUGACGCCUCCGCUUCUCCCUCCCCGACAGCAGCGGCAGAAGGAGAAGACGCGCCUGUUCCACCGCUGUGGCGCAUGGCGGCUAUCAAUCGCGCGCGCACCCGCUACGUGUUCCACGCCUACACGAAGCAGCGCACCAUCUCAAAAGAAGUGUACGACUACUGUGUCGAGAUGCAGCUGAUCGACGGCGGGUUGGCGCGGCGGUGGCGUCUGCCCGGUUACGAGCGCCUGUGCUGCACCGCGUGUGGCGUGCCAGGCGCGGCCAGCCUCGCCGCGAACAUUACCUCCAAAUACGCGUUGAGGGACAAGCAAGAGCGCCGCCUGCCUUCCUCCUCGGCCGCGUCGCUGCAUAAGUCGAACGACGAGAAGGCCACGUGUAUCUGUCGUGUGCCUGCGGUGCAGCGGAAGAACAGACACUUUGUGGCGUGUGCGGUGUGUGGGUGCCAAGGGUGCUGCUCCGCGGAUGUGGCGUCAGAGAAGUCGGCGAGUGAGGAGAAGGACGCGUCGUCGUGA